AUGGAGGGUGGCUCUUAUUCUUUGCUUCAUGGUCUGGAAAUGGGCACAGAUGGAUUGAUAUUUGAUAAGUUCAAUGAAUUAGCUGGUGAAGUUGUUGAAGGGGAUCUCGAAUAUGUAGCUGGCUGUGUUAUCAACGAGUACAACAAGAUAUUAGACAUAGACGGAGCUGUAGUGGGACAUGCUGAGGUCAUCUCGCCAACCCCAGCGCAGAAGGCUCGACAUCCCGCUCCAAAAAAGAUCUUCGAUUCCCUUGAAGAAGAGGUCUCAAGGUUCGGUCACAGGCUUCAACCGUCAAUAGGGACUGUUGAUGGAUUCCAUGCUGGUUGUCUCGGCUUUGAUGGAUGUUUUAAUUAA